CAAGAGUUUGUCCGAUGACACGCGAACCACCGCAGUCUUCAGCCCUCUCCUAGACACGUUCGCGUUCGUUUGCGUAUCUCUCAAGCCGAGGCGGAUCUGGUAUGUAUCUCAAUCUUUCUCUGGAUGGUUGUUUUUGAUGCCCCAAUGAGAGGAUUGGUUGUGUGUUGAUGACUGAGUUGUCUGGUCCCUCUCCCAGUCGCCCAACCCCAGCUUCUCCUUCUCCCCCAUGAUUCAACUACCCAUCCACUUUCUACCCGCAUGGCUAAUUUUCCAAUUAGAAACGCGUCUAGUCGCCAUCCGACUCCCUCACUGUAUCCCCGACACCUUUUUCACUGACAUGUCGUUGCCAUGAGUCAUUCUCCUGAUGGUGCGACUGCUGUCGCCGCUCCUGUCGAGCCCUCCUCCGCUGCCCCAACCUCCUCCACUGUAGACACCAUUGCCCAGGGCAAAGAAAGGGCCAAAGAGGUUCUCGCGGCUUCUGGCAUCGACCUUCCCAAGGCUGAUCAGUCCUCCUCCCCAAACCAUCGCGGAGAGAGUCCUAACAACAAUCGGAAACGAAAGCGCGAGACUCCCGUCGACCGUAUUGCCGCCGAUCAUUAUGUUCAACGCGAAAACCAUUACAAGGCUCUUCUGGCGGAGCAGAGGAAUCACCCUGGUCUCCUGCUGGAAAAGAAACAGGAACUAGUUUUUUACCAAAAUCUCCGUCAGAGAAGAGAACAGGAUCCGGCCUCCGUAUUUGGCGUCGGCUACGAAGGUUUCGGAAACACUAGAACCGACGAGAAAAAUCUUCGCGACCCCAUCGUGUAUCCAAGAAAUAGACGUCCAGGCAAGCGGAAGACCCUCCCACCGCGCGUUUCUCGUCAUGAGCAGUUCAUCCAGGCCCAACAACCAGAGGAUUUGAUCCCCAUCAGACUCGACAUUGAUUGGGGCAAGGUCAAACUACGCGAUACCUUUACUUGGAAUCUCCACGACCGAACCACCAGCGUGGACUACUUUGCCGAAAAGCUAGUGGAAGAUUUUGGCCUUGACCUGCAGCAGUGUCGCCCGCUGGUUCAAGCUGUCGCUGCGAGCAUACGAGAACAGAUUUGUGACUACUGCCCCCAGAUUUACUCUGAUGAAGUCACCACCGAGCCUACCAUGCCCUAUUAUGCUUAUAAAAACGACGAGAUGCGCAUCCUUGUCAAGCUGAAUAUCACAAUUGGUCAAAACACAUUGAUCGACCAGUUUGAAUGGGAGAUAAACAAUCCACACAACUCACCCGAGCAAUUUGCUUGUCAGAUGACCAAUGACUUGUCUUUGGCAGGAGAGUUCACGACGGCAAUUGCACACUCAAUUCGCGAGCAAUGUCAGCUCUUCUCCAAGUCUCUUCACAUCACGGGCCAUCCAUUCGACGGCCGGCCAAUAGACGAUCCUGAUCUACGAGAGAAUUUCCUCCCAUCACCGCUCCUUAGUACUUUCAGACCUUAUCAGUCUGCAAAGGAUUACUCCCCGUAUCUGUACGAACUCAAUGAAGCUGACUUGGAACGCACUGAGCUGUCCAUAUCGCGCGAACAGAGGAGACAAAAGCGGUCGACCAACCGUCGUGGUGGCCCCGCUCUGCCGGAUCUGAAAGAUCGACAGAGAACCAUCCGCUCCCUUGUGGUGUCUUCGGUGAUUCCCGGCGGUGCCUUGAGCCUGGAAGAAAGUCGCAUCUUUCGGAUGGCCAAGGCAGCUCGAAGAUCGGGUCGUGCGGCUAAUCAACGUGAUGGCUUUGAGGAUUCUGACGAGUCCGAGAGCGAAGAUUCCGGGCCAGACUCCCCUGCAAUCCCGGCCCAUCUGUUGCAACAAGGAACUGCACGGACACGUGGUCUUAGAAACGCAGCUUUAUCCGCCACGGCUGGGAUUCGCUCCAAUCUCAGUGGCUUUGCUUCUGUGCGCUCUGCCACACCAGAGUCAGUCACCCCGUCCCACCACGAGUCAAGGAGCUCGGCGAGAAAGAAGGAUUACAAAGAGGAAAGCGAUGAUGAAUCGGCCCCGGAGAAGCUUAUUGUCAAAUUAAAAGUUGGAAAGUCCAAGCUGCGGGAAUUUGUCAGAGCCCAGAGACUCAAGGAACGCGCUGGCGUCGUCUCAAACCUAUCAAGUCAAGGCAGCCCACGACCAAGUCAUCAUUCAAGAUCGACAUCCGCUGCACCGUUGAAUCUUGCCGCGAUGCCACCGCCGCCUUCACCAGUUCCCCCUCCCGCAGACAUCCCCGGUGCGGUGGAUGCAACUUCUCACGGGCCCAGUUCUUCACGUCCUGCCCCUCCACCUCCAGACUGGCUUACCAAUGACCUGGCCCGGCUCCGAAAAUUAUAUCCUGAUGAUCGAUUUGAAGGUCUCAUGAAGCAUACAGCAAUGGACCCAAAGACGCAAAAGCUGGUUCCUUCGAAUGAAGCCUCCAAGGCUCUUCCUCAUAAAUAUGUGCCUCGCAUUCGAUGCCUUGACUGUCCCGGGCGAGUGUACAUGACUGGUCCAGGUACCACGGCCGAAAGCUUUGAAGCCCAUUUGAAGAACCGCAACCAUAGAAUUGCGGUGGACGCGAGGGUGGCUAAAGCAGCUGUAUAAUAUCUAUAUAACGCAAAACAAUAUGUUCAAACCCUGUCAGUUCCAC